AUGAUAGGGAAAUGCACCGGCUUCGCCGCAACUGACCCCAUUGCUCGGUCACGUCACUUUCUCACCCCAUCCGCACCCACCACUCUGGCGACUGAUCACAAAGAAGGGCUCCGUCAUUUGAUUCAAUGGUCGGACAGUCUAGAAACUUGGGCCGUGGCCAAGAACCAGAAUGUUGAAGCCGAGGCUGCGACGUCUGCAACUACAAGGAACUCCGGCAAUCAAUUCCACAAUAUGUCACAAUUCGAUCAGUUCCUAAGCAAGAUGCCUGACGUGUACACUGAAUGUACGACAGAGGUUUCACGCCUGGUGACGUUGUUUAGACCAGCGUCGCCGCGGAUCACGUCUGCGGCGAUCUCGCACAACGCUACCUAUCAAGUGGUGAGAUAG